UGCGCAAACCAGGAACAAUACUACAUAGCAUAGCACAUGUUUGAAGCUUGAAGCAUCCGUGGCUGCAGACUGUCUAGUUGCAUGGCAUGGACUUGAAUUAUAAUCUGUUUACUAGUAGCGUCGGUGACAGGUCAAGCAGCGUUACGCCUGUCGUCUUGUUGAUGCCGUGGGGUUCUGUGGUCUCAAGUCGAAAUGGCCGGUAAGGACUCAUCAGAGGUCGGAGAACAACCCACACAGCCCGCAGAGCAGCCCCCACGGCCCGCAGAGCAGCUCCCACAGUCGGCAGAGCAGCUCCCACAGUCCGCCGAGCAGCUCCCACAGUCCGCCGAGCAGCUCCCACAGUCCGCAGAGCAGCUCCAACAACCCGCAGAGCUUGAGGAAGAGAUGGACACUAAGGCAGCAACGCAGUCGGAGACCCUCCACGCUGCUCAUGGGAAUACACACCCACCAAAAGAAGUGGACCCAAAGCCCGCAGGGGAGUCCCAGGCUCCAGGGGAAGCCAGCGCCAAGGGGGACGUGUGUAUGGACGGGGAUCAGUGGACCGAGGACAGGCGGGCUGCCCCGGCGGGCCCUGGAGACGGUUCAGAGGACUCGGACAGCUCUUCCUCCUCGUCCUCCGCUGCCUCCCCUCCCUGUGUUCGGAUGUUGGAUGAGGAGGAUGAUGAAGGCUUUAGCCAACAGGCUCAAAUCAAAACACGAGAUGAGGUUCUGCUUGAGGAACUUCCAGCUGUGGAGGAACUGUGUGUGUCCUUACCAGAGUCUGCAGAAAUCCAGCCAAUCGGAACGGUCACCAGUGUUAUUCAGCAGCUCAUGAUAGUCCAAUCACUGAAGGGAACUCCUCCGUUGACGGAGGACAGCAUCAUCUUCACUUCGGACCGGCUGGCAGUAGGCAAGGUGUUUGAGGUGUUUGGCCCGGUCACCACUCCCUAUUACGUGCUCCGCUUUAACUCUGAGGAAGAGAUUGUUACAAAGGGGCUGGUGGUGGGCUGCACGGUCUUCUACACACCAGAACACAAAGAAUACACCGGAUACGUGCUCACCAAACACCUCCAAAAUCUCAAAGGAUCUGACGCGUCUUGGAAAAACGACCAGGAGCCCCCCCCAGAGUCCUUGGAUUACAGUGACGAUGAAGAGGAACAGGAUGCUAAGAAAAAGAAAAGACAGGGCAGCAAGAAGAAGAAGAAUGAAAACGUGGACCUCCCAUCAUGAGGAUCACUGUGGUAGUAGAGGACUAACCACUAGUGGAGGACAUCCCAUCAUGAGGAUCACUGUGGUAGUAGAGGACUAACCACUAGUGGAGGACCUCCCAUCAUGAGGAUCACUGUGGUAGUAGAGGACUAACCACUAGUGGAGGACAUCCCAUCAUGAGGAUCACUGGUAGUAGAGGACUAACCACUAGUGGAGGACCUCCCAUCAUGAGGAUCACUGGUAGUAGAGGACUAAGCACUAGUGGAGGACCUCCCAUCAUGAGGAUCACUGUGGUAGUAGAGGACUAACCACUACUGGAGGACCUCCCAUCAUGAGGAUCACUGGUAGUAGAGGACUAACCACUAGUGGAGGACCUCCCAUCAUGAGGAUCACUGUGGUAGUAGAGGACUAACCACUAGUGGAGGACCUCCCAUCAUGAGGAUCACUGGUAGUAGAGGACUAACCACUAGUGGAGGACCUCCCAUCAUGAGGAUCACUGGUAGUAGUAGAGGACUAACCAUUAGUGGAGGACCUCCGAUCAUGAGGAUCACUGGUAAUAGAGGACUAACCACUAGUGGAGGACCUCCCAUCAUGAGGAUCACUGGUAGUAGAGGACUAACCACUACUGGAGGACCUCCCAUCAUGAGGAUCACUGGUAGUAGAGGACUAACCACUAGUGGAGGACCUCCCAUCAUGAGGAUCACUGGUAGUAGAGGACUAACCACUAGUGCAGUGGUUCCCAAACUGUGUGCCGUGAGGCAAGUCCGAGUGUGGCCGCGGCACACUGGUGUGCCGUGAGGCAAGUCCGAGUGUGGCCGCGGCACACUGGUGUGCCGUGAGGCAAGUCCGAGUGUGGCCGC